AUGGCCGAAUUUGUUAUCAGUUUGGCGGAGCCGACACCGGAAGAUCUGCAGAGCACGUCCGAACUGGAGAAGGUUCUCGAAUCGUACAACGUGCUCGAAGAUCUCUCGGAGUGGGAACAUCGGAAGGAGAUACUGGCCAAACUAAACACUCUCUUCAGGCAGUGGGUUCGGGAUAAGUCAAUUGCUCGGAAUAUGCCGGAGGCAGUGGCGGAUAAGUUGGGUGGAACGAUCUAUCCAUUCGGUUCGUACAGGUUGGGGGCUUACGACAAGAACGCGGACAUUGACGCCAUCUGCGUUGCUCCACGUAACGUCGAGCGGGCCGACUAUUUCGGAUCGUUCUUCGAACUGCUCAAAAGGCAACCGGAAGUGCUCGGGUGCCGGACCGUGAAAUCCGCUGUUGUACCAAUAAUCAAGAUGAAAUUCGACGGGAUCGAAAUCGAUCUGUCGUUCGCUCAACUAAAACUGGCUAAAGUUCCAGACAAUUUUGAUUUUUUCGACGAAACGCAGUUAGAUAAAUAUGAUUUCGAUUCGCAGCACAGCGUGAGGGGGGUCCAAGUGACGGAGCAGAUUCUACGCUUGGUUCCCAAUAUAGACACUUUCCGUUUGACACUGCGUGUCAUCAAGCUAUGGGCUAAACGUCGCGGGAUCUAUUCCCAUAUAUUAGGCUACUUAAGCGGUGUAUCGUGGACUUUACUGGUUGCCAGAACCUGUCAACUGCAUCCAAAUGCGACCGCCGCCACUCUGGUGCAUAAUUUUUUUCUGGAGUUCUCUGGCUGGGACUGGUCCCAGGCAGUAAAACAAAUAACGGAUAACAAAAAUUUUUUCGUUGGGGAUUAUUUGAUGACAAUCGUUACGCCCAUCGAGCGACGAGCAAACACCGUUCGCUUUGUUUCCCACUCGAUACGGCAGAUGAUAAUCGAUGAAUUACAUCGAGGUAAAGAGGUAACAGACGAAAUCAUGCUCACCAAAGCAGCUGGAUGGGACAAACUAUUCGCAGCGCCAGGUUUCUUCAGCAAAUAUCGUCACUACAUUGUGCUCUUGGCAUCAUCCAAUAACGAAAAUGAUCACCUGAGAUGGUGCGGGCUGGUCGAGUUCAAGAUUGGUACAUCGAUUGCAAUACUGGGGCGCAACCCACAAAUUGCUUUGACCCACGUUAAUCCUAAACGUUUCGAACAUCCCGAGCACACUUCGAAAGGACGGAGCGACGGAAAGGUUAAGCAGCUAUGUUCUUUAUGGUUCAUCGGAUUGGAGUUUGACAAGCCGGAAGGUUCGAAUGUUGACUUGACCAAGGACAGUGACGACUUUCUCGAUAAUAUACGCGUAAAUGCUGUGCACUCAAAGCUUCUUAAGAAUAGUAUGAAGAUCGAAGUUCGUCACGUUGAGCAGGAACAAUUGAGUGAAUAUUUACAUCCGAACCUGCUGAUGCGGGAAAGUUCACCGGACGUAAAUAGUGGAGCUACGACUAGGAAGCGCCUCCCGUCUGAUGACGAGCAAACGGCGCCAGCAGUGCAAAGCAAGAAAGCAAGGACGGAUUCCGAGACUCCAACCACCUCCAGCAAGUCGCCACCGGACCCCGACAACAACUAG